CUCACUGCAUCUCUCUAUUCUCAUUUCUCGCCAAUUUUAACACUUUUGCCCCACCCAACUGAAGCACUACUCCUUCCCCUUAAAACCCAAACCCAUCUCUACAAAAUCCCAACCCUUUUUACAAAACCCAUUUUCUUUUUCCCCAAUUGUUAAUGGACGCAUCGACACUGUUCCCUUACGCUAAAAGGACUGUUUAUCCUUACAACAUUAAAAACCCCUCUUUAUUCUAUUAAUGCCCAUCCCUUUGUUCAAUUCAUUCUAACUUUUUCCAACCUCGUUGGUCCAAACACACUCUUGUUUCUUCUCACCACAACAUACAUGGAGGACUUGAUCAUUUCUACUUCUUCAUCAUCCUCUUUGCCUCAACAAAACCCAACAUCAAUAACGCCAGCCCUUCAGCAAAAGCUUCAAUUUUUACUCCAAGGCCAACCUGAUUGGUGGGUCUAUGCCAUUUUCUGGCAGACAACAAACGACGACAAUAACAACCUCAUUUUAUCCUUCGGAGAAGGCCAUUUCCAAGGCACCAGAGAAACUUCCCCAAAAGUAUUAUCCACAGAACGCAAGAAAAUCAUGAAACCCAUCAUAAACGACAACGACGCUGAGUGGUUCUACGUCAUGUCGUUGACCCGCACUUUCUCCAUUACCAAUUCUUCUUCCUCUUCUUCUUCUCUCCCUGGCAAGGCCUUCACUUUAGGCUCCGUGCUUUGGCUCAACGGCAAGCACGAGCUUCAAUUCUACAGCUGCGAGAGAUCCAACGAAGCACACGCGCACGGAAUCCAAACGUUAGUAUGCAUCCCCACGCAAAACGGCGUCGUCGAAAUGGGUUCCUACGACACAAUCAAGCAAAACUGGACCCUCGUUCAACACGUUAAAUCCCUCUUCCAAUCUACCCCAGAUCUCGUCCCUCUCGACAAGAACAACCCAAUCCAAAUCUUUGACGACCACAGCAUCUCCUUCUCCGACAUCGGCAUCAUCACCGGAAUCCCAGAAAACAAAAAGAGAAAAGAAACCCAAACAGAACCCAUCAAAAUCACCAAAAACGACAAUUUCCCCUCGCGCUUCAGUAAACUGCCCUUGGGCUCUUCUUACGUGGAUUCCGAACAUUCUGAUUCGGAUUGUCCAACGUUGUUACCAAGCUCAACAGAACAAAGAGAGCCGAAAAAGAGAGGGAGAAAACCGGUUCUUGGACGCGACACCCCAAUGAACCACGUGGAAGCAGAGAGGCAGAGAAGAGAAAAGUUGAACCAUCGAUUCUACGCUUUAAGAGCGGUGGUUCCGAACGUUUCGAGGAUGGACAAGGCUUCGUUGUUAUCAGAUGCAGUGGCUUACAUCAACGAGUUGAAAGCGAAGAUUGAAGAAUUGGAGAGGGAGAGUGGGAAGAAGGUGAAGAUGGAAAUGGGUGAUGGCAUGGAUAAUCAAAGUACUUCAACCGUUGUGGAUCAAAGAGGGCCUCAUGGCUUUGCUCUUGAGAUUGAUGUGAAGAUGGUUGGUGGUGAUGCCAUGGUUAGGGUUCAAUCGGAGAAUGUGAACCACCCAGGUGCGAGGUUAAUGGGUGCAUUGAGAGACUUGGAGUUUCAGGUUCAUCAUGCUAGCAUGUCCUCUGUUAAUGACCUCAUGCUUCAAGAUGUUGUCGUUAAGCUUCCUAAUGGAAUGAGAAGCGAAGAGGCUCUUAAAUCUGCCAUUCUCAUGAGAUUGGAUCAGCAAUGA